AUGCUGCGCCACGUGCUGUGCGUGUUGGCCCUCGCGCUGUGCUGCUGCACGUCCUUGUGCAUGGCUGCGGCUGCUGCUGGUGCUGGGGUUGGGGGUGCAGGAGCUUCACCUCCUCAGGUUGCGGAGGGACGAAUGAGGGACGCAUCUGCUCUUGCUCUGGAGGCCGCGAAGGACGCUGCGGCGGAGGCGAAAAUGGCCACAGCGGCGGCGAGCGCCCUUGAUGCACAGGUGAAGAAGGCCUUGCUGGUGAUGAGGACCGCAGAGAGUGCCUUUGAAGGGAUCAAUGUGGAGGCCGCAAAAACAGCAGUGAAAGAUAAGAUAAAAGCGGCAAAAGUACCAUCAACGGAAGCUGCACCAGCAAGAGAAGUGAAUACUGCUGCGUUGAUAACAAAGGUACCUGAGGCUGCGAAAAUGAAAGAUCUCAUGACUGCUUUGUUUCAAGCGAAGUGGCAACUUGUGCUGUUGGCGAAGGAGUCCAAAGAGGCCAACAAUGCCAGCUGGGCCGCCUUGGCUGCCGCUGCAGCAGCGGAAAAGGCCAAGGUGGCAGUGCAGAAGGCGAAGGCUGCAGGAGCGGGAUUUGGGGACGCCGAGACAAAGGCUGCUGAGGCGGAUAAGUUGUUUACUGAGGCGGCAGAGAGCGCUAAAAGCAUAAUGAGCACCGCCAACAGCGCUGUGGGACACGCGAAGAAGGCAGCUGAGAGUGUUCGAGAUGCCUAUGUCUUAGUCUUGGUUGCGGCAGAAGUUGAGGGUUCUGAUAACUCCGCCAAACAAAAGAUCCCGACUGCAAAGACGGAGCUGAAGGAAGCAGAGAAGAUGCUGAGGAAGGUAGAGGAGGUUGUUCUGACGGUUGCGGACAGAGUUACAACAGCAGCGGGUAAGGCGGCAGACGCGGCGAAGGCGGCUAACGACGCGCUGAACCUGAAAACCGAAAAUGAGCCGACUGAGGAUGGUCCAAGGAAGGAAGACGAAAACGUUGUGCAGCCAGAAUCUAUUGAUGCGAGAGAGACAGCAGCGGACCCAACGAGCAGUGAAGCCCUUCCUCACUCAGUAGAGGGUGUUGUGCACGUAACGGACCAGACAAACAGUGCCGCUGCCGAUCCUCUCACACCCACAGUGCCCUUAACAACAACAACAGCAACAACAACAACCGAUGUGACUACUACUCUGGGUGCCGCUCCCGUCACGUCUACAGUUCCCUCAACAACAACAACUGAUGUGAGUACUCCUCUGGGGACGGCGGACGGCAGCACUUAUGCACGGCUGUGUACACUGCUGCUGCUGGUUGUGGNGUGA